CCGCUCUCUCCGCUCGGCUCGAUGGUGACGGUGUCGCCUAGCGGCUGUUUGGCGACCCUUCGCUUCGGUCUGGCGCGCGAAACCUGCUCGGAGGUUAUGGAUGAUAAGCCCAGUCCUGGAACUGUGAGUGAGGGCUCAGAACAUCUCUUCUCCUUUGGAGUUAUAGCAGAUAUUCAAUAUGCUAAUUUAGAAGAUGGCUAUAAUUACCAAGGAAACAGAAGAAGGUACUACAGACAUAGUCUUCUUCACUUACGGGGUGCUAUUGAACACUGGAAUAAAGAAAGUCAUCCACCCUGUUGUGUACUCCAGCUUGGAGAUAUCAUCGAUGGCUAUAACGCGCAAUAUAAAGCAUCUGAAAAGUCACUAGAACUUGUUAUGAACGUGUUUCAAAUGCUUAAAGUUCCAGUUCAUCACACAUGGGGAAAUCAUGAAUUCUAUAACUUCAGCAGGGACUAUUUAACAAACUCUAAACUGAACACAAAGUUUCUAGAAGACCAGAUUGAACAGCAUCCCGAGACUGUGCCCACAGGGAGUUUUUAUGCUUAUCAUUUUGUACCGUUCCCCAAAUUCCGCUUCAUUUUACUCGAUUCUUAUGACUUGAGUGUCUUGGGCGUGGAUCAGACUUCUCCAAAAUACCAGCAGUGUCUGAAGAUGCUGAAGGAGCACAAUCCAAAUAGGGAAUUGAAUAGUCCUCAAGGACUUCCUGAGCCUCAGUUUGUCCAGUUUAAUGGAGGAUUCAGCCAAGAACAACUGAAUUGGUUGAAUGAAGUCCUUACAUUCGCUGACACAAACCAAGAAAAGGUGGUGAUCGUGAGUCAUCUUCCCAUUUACCCAGAGGCCUCUGACACUGUAUGCCUGGCCUGGAAUUACCAAGAUGCGCUCACGGUCAUUUGGUCUCAUACAUGUGUGGUGUGUUUCUUCGCCGGUCACACUCAUGAUGGUGGCUACUCUGAGGAUAUUUUUGUUCUGGAGUCAGAAGUCUGAAAUUAUUUUCACUGGGCUGAGAUCGAGAUGGUGUUAGGGCGAUGCUCCAUUUUGCUAUAUAAGGUAACAUUCAUAGUUCCUGGAGAUUAGGGCCGGGAUGUCUUUGAGGGCCAUUAUUCACCCUACCUCCGAGGUGACUGUAAGGUACUCCCUGCGCUCACCAACUUUUUGAUGGUGAGACAGCUCCCUAAAUAUAAGGGUGUGAAGGAAGGACUGUGGGAAUGUGGAGUAGGAAUUUGCUUUUGUUUGAGGGGUUAGGGAUGACUUCAAGAAGAAAGACACGGUUUAAAUGGGUGCGGAAGUGCAUGUCACAUAGAUGGAAGAGCAUAAGCAGAGGCAUUGAAGGAUAUGCUGAGUUUGGGAGAUGCCAGUAGUGCCAUGAGCAGUCACCAGAAGUUGCUGGGGUAGGGCAAGAAAGAAAGCAGGAAAAGGUUAGGCGAGGGCUAUGUGGGAAGAGCCUUGAAUGGCCAGCAGAGUUCGAGUUUAACUUGCCAUGCAGUGUGAGGAGCCCUCAGACUCCAGAGCUGGGCAAUAUAUGAUUAGGUUUGUGUUUGAGUCCAGGCAGUAGAUAAUGAGAGGCUGGUGUACAAGAGUGAUAAUGGGAAGAAAAAAGAUUGGGGCGAGAAGACAGGUUUUGAUAAUAGAAAAUUAAACUUACUAAUAAUACUUCAAUUGAGAAGUAGAGCUUAAAAGUAAUUUCAGUAAUGCUCUUUUUUAAAGGCGGUACUCUACCAAAAGUUCCUUUUAUAUACUUAUGGAGAUUUAAAAGGAACUAUAUAUUCACAGAAUUCACAGUGUGUUAUGGGAGAUGCAGAUAUGAUGAAAGUGUACUUGAACAUUACUUCUUUUUUUCCAGUUGGAACGUUACUGUCUUUUAAGCACAGAAUCAAACAUGACAUGGAGGAUGGGUUGGUUCUAUAUAGAAUUUGCAAAUACGUCCAUUUCUUAAGUUAUCCUAAAAGGUAUAAAAGCCAUAAAUAUACAGAAUAAAUACACACUGGAAUACUGAAACCCUUAAAAUGAAUUUCACUUUGCUUUAAUAGCAACUAGCUUCCCCCUCUCCUUUUACCUUAUCUAAAUCUUGAUCAAGAAUUUCUGACUGUCCAGUGGCCAUUGUGUAAAAUAAAACACAUGCAUACCUCCUAUAACAAACAUUUACAUAAGACUUAAUAUUGUAUUAAAGGAUAUAAAAAUAGAGACAAACUACCAGGCUCAUUUUCACUCUCCUGACAUACAAUUGGUGCUAAUACUUUUUGAGUGAAAUGUUUCCUAAGUCUCAUGAACCAGUGUCUUGACUACGGAGUUUAAUGCUAGCCUGUGUGAAAAGAUUGCCAUCCAGAUGCUCCAAAACAGCACUGACCAACAGAAAUGUAACAUGAGCCACAUAAGUAAUUUAAAAUAUUUUAGCAGUCACAUUUAAAACAGUAAAUAGAAACACAUAAAAUGAACUUUAAUAUAUU